AUGUGUUUCAGCUUGGAUCCAGCUUUUCACUCAUUUAGAAAAAGCGUUCCCUGUCGAGGUAAGAGGGCUGAAACUGAAGGGAAGUUUGACUUCGCCGUAGACCGGGGGGACACCUUCACCGAUGUGUUCGCGAGGCAUCCAGAUGGUCGCGAGCGGGUCCUCAAACUCCUGUCUCGGGACCAGAAUUACAAGGACGCUCCCACAGAGGGGAUUUGCAGAGUAUUGGAGGAGGGAACCACUCACCCAGACUGCCACGACCACCCUGGGAUCCAAAGUGUUCUGAAAUACACAAAAAUCGCUAUCCUCACCUGCCCGUUUGAGCGCCUAAUGCCCAAGACCAAGCAUAACUACAGAGCACUUCAGAAGUACGAGAAGAUCAAGCAGGUGAAGGAUAAUGGCGCCACCUUGGCUAUCUGUCAGUGGGGCUUUGAUGACGAGGCGAACCAUCUGCUACUGCAGAAUGAGCUGCGGCGCUGUGUCGGAGGGCCUGAGAUUGAGCUCAUUGCCAUCGCCAGCGGAGGAGGUAUCGUUCUGCGUUUCAGUGUGCUGAACGAGAAGCUUGGCGUGCCCGGAGUGGUGAAGGAGAUCUGCUUCGGCACCACCAAGGACCGCAUGCUGGUGAUCGAGGAGUGCAAGAACUCCCGGGCCAUGACCAUCUUCAUUCGCGGGGGCAACAAGAUGGGGGGCAUGUUUUUCCUUUUGUUCCUUAUUUCUUUACUUGGGGAUCGUGAAACAAAGCAUUUACACGCCCCAAUCAGAUCAUCGAGGAAGCCAAGCGUGCAGUCCAUGAUGAUCUGUGCGUGAUCAGCAACUUGGUCAGAGGCAACCGCAUCGUGUAUGGAGGUGGAGCAUCUGAGAUUGCGUGUGGCCUGGCCGUCAGCUGUGGAUAAGUGUCCAUCUCUGGAGCAGUAUGCCAUGAGGGCCUUCGCCGAUGCCCUCGAGGUCAUCCCUAUGGCCCUGGCAGAGAACAGUGGGAUGAACCCCAUCCAGACCUUGACAGAGGUUCGAGCCAAGCAGGUCUCCGAGAACAAGCCCCACCUUGGCAUCGACUGCAUGCACGCUAACACCAACGACAUGAGGCAGCAACACGUGAUUGAGACACUGUUUGGCAAGAAGCAGCAGAUCUCGUUGGCCACUCAGGUGGUUAAGAUGAUCUUGAAGAUCGACGACAUCCGAAGCCCAGGCGAGGUUGAAGAAUAAAGGCCAGGCCCAGGGGUUUUAGAAGACUUGGCCUAUUUCUAGAUCCCCUACCACAACUCCCCUGUUCUAAGAUGCUCUAGAACUGUCUCUGGCACUUCUCGAGCACUAGGUUCAAACUGUACUGCGUACCGCUAGUUAUCAUUUGAUAUGAAAUGCUGUUGUCGCUCUGAAGUCAUUAAAGUUAAAAAUCCUAUU